AUGUUGGGGUUUCUAGGAAACAAGCUUGCAAAGAUUGCAAACCCGACUGAAGCGAGACUUCCUAGAAGCCUGAUCGACAUUCCCCGAACAGAACCCCGUGAGGAGCAACCAGCCAAUGCCAGGUCUUUACUCCCAAUGGUCCCGCCCCCUGUAUCAUCCGCUGGCAUCCCCGAGUCGCUGCCCCAAGAGCCUCUGCCCCCGCCCUCGCCCCCGCCCCCUGCUCGGGGUUCAAACACAGCGCAACCUGGCAACCGCAGCCCACAGCCUCCCCCGCACCCUCCCGGGGAGGGACUCCCCCGCCGCCCUCGGGCGUCUGCCCAUUGGUGGGCUGACGCGGAGAUCCAGGGCUGGGAGGAUCCAGAACGUAGAGAAAGGGGGAGAAGACGGACCGGAAUUGUCUCUAGGAGAACAGGUUCUAAGUUCCUACCAAACAGAAGAGAAUUCAGAUUUGGACAUCGUUCCCAGAGCCUCACUAGGGAGCCUACUCAGAAAGAUAUUGAUCUUCUAACCAAACGGGUUCUUACUGCCAGACUGCUGAAAAUCAGUGAGCUACAAAAUGAAGUGACUGAACUCCAGUUCAAAUUAGAUGAGGUGCAAAAAGAAAACAAGGCUUUGAAAAGACUUCAGUAUAGACAGGAGAAAGCCCUGAAUAAGUUUGAAGAUACAGAAAAUGAAAUCUCACAACUUAUAGUCAGACAUAACAAUGAAAUUAGAGCACUAAAAGAGCGCUUAAGAAAAUCUCAAGAGAAAGAACGUGCAACUGAUAAAAAGGUGAAAGAUACAGAGUGUGAACUUUACAGGACAAAAUGUUCUUUAAAGAAACUGAAAAAGCUUUCUGAAGCUAAGCACCUACCUGAACGAGACGAUCUAGCAAAGAAACUAGUCUUAGCAGAGACCAAAUUAGAUGAUACAGAGAAAAAAAUUAAGGAGCUGUCAAAAAAUCUUCAGCUGAAUACCAGCAGUUUCCAGCGACAGUUAAAUGUUGAAAAGAGAAGGGCACAUGAAGUUCAGGAUGAAAAUAAAAUUCUCCAAAGGGAGGUACAACAAUUACAUCAAAAAUUGAGGGAAAAAGAGAAAGAACUAGAUGCAAAAAAUAUAUAUUCUAACCGCAUGGUGAGGAAAACUCCUAAGAAAGACAGAGAUGCUUCUCCAAGAAAAAAUGCCAUGAGCUCUAGUGUUAAAGGAGUACAUAGCACAAAAGGAGUACAAACUAUUGAAUAUUACAGAGAAGAUGAGCUUCUUUCAUCACUAACUUUUGAUUCUCAAGACUCAUUCAGACCAGAAGAGGACCAUUUUACUACCCAGGAAGAGGAAAGUCCAAAGAAAGAUGAAGAAAUACCUGAGACCACAAUUACAGAAAGAGACGAGAAACAGCUAGAAGAAGAUGAACUAUGUAGUACAAGAGAAGAAACUGAAAUUUUUCAAGAUGAUUGUGCAAGAGAGAACUUUGAAUGUCAAACAGAAAGUGUAGAUUUAAUAGAGGAGGAAGAACCUACAGAAGAGACAGCAGUUUGUGAAAUUGAAAACGAAAAUAGUGAGAAGUCAGAACAAGAAGAAGAACAAGGACAAGAACAAGAACAAGAACAAGAACAAGACGAAAGAGAAAGACUGAAGAAAGAAAUGUUAAUUGCUAAAUUGAAUGAAAUUGAUCAAGAAACACAUACCUCCCUGAACUUAAGUUCACAUUCGAAAUCAUUCUCUCCAGAGAAAAAAUCUCAAAGUUUCAGGUUCUCAGAAUCCACUGAGAGGAUGUUUACUGGGUUUCUUACUCAAGACAGCAGUCAUAAAUCCCCACAUAAUGCAGACCAGAAACAAAGAAAUAUUUGGAGCCCAAUCCCCGCCACUGACUUCACAUUUGGUAGUUAUGUGCCUUCUUUUGGGAAAACAUCAGGGAGAUCGAGUCUAUAUAAUCAAAAAAGUGGCAUUUUAGACUUUCCAAAAAGCAGUCAAGAUGGUGGAGACUUAAUUACUAAAAAGGAGAAAAAAUCUAAUCUCAUGGAGCAACUAUUUGGUGCCAGUGCCAGCAGUACCGUUUCCAGUAAAAAUAGUGCCUCAAAUUCUCUGACUAAUAUCAAAGGGGACUUUGACCAUCUAAAUGUACUCCCUAGGGAUAAAGGUAGCAGAGAGAAAGGACAAGAUGAAGAUGAUGAUUUUUUACUCAGUGAAGAGAAUUUUAACCCAAACAGGCAUCGGCUAAAACACACAAACAAUCGACCAGCAGUAAAGGCAGUUGAUUCUUUGGAAGAUGAAGUUGAAGAAGUAGUACUGAGAUGACUAUACAUAUUUUUCCAAUUCUCCUGAAGACAUCUUCAGCCAUAGAGAUCGUAAAUCCCUGGCAGAUGCAGACAGAAGUGUGAAGUAAGAAGAUAUUUCACUAUGUAAACAACAUUGCUGCCACAACCCCAGAGACUUGUAUGUAGCACAAUCCCUUAAUUUCUCCCUUCUAGAUAUUCUUUGACCAGGUCUAAGAUUUCAUUCCUAGUCUUUUCAUUAGAACUACUACUACUCCAGGCCAGCAAGCACUGAGGACAGUCCCUCCAGCAAAAGCACUAUCAUUCUAUCAUUACACCAAAAAAGACUACUAAGUAGGAUGUCUUCCUAGUGACAGAGAUGCACUUAUGUUUGGCAUGCAGAGUUUAUGUUUCCAUUUUAACUUAGUGUCUACUUUGUAUUCUUAAAUUUUAUCUGUAUAUAUAAUUUUUGAUACAUUAUUGGCUGAAACUGAAUAGCCAAAUAAAAUAUAUUGGAAAUCAGAAUAUAUAAAAGACAGGUGAAGAUUUAAAUGCUAUGCACAUUUAUAGCAAAAAAAAAAAAAGAUACAGCAUGUACGUUACUACGCCUAUAGGCACAUAUUAUUUCUUGACUCAUUCAGUGAAAAAAAAUUGUCAACUCAGAAUUAUGUUUCCACAGUAAUGUAGUUUUGAAAUUCUAACAUGUGCUGUUAGAGAUCUGAACCUACCUUCAAAUAGACACUAACGAGUGAGCAUCAGUAUAAUGUCUUGAAUCUCUGAGUUAGUAAGCAGCACAUAUAGUGCCUGCCUUUUAAGACAGUGGCUGUAGUUUGGCAAGUUGAUAUGGGCAAGAGAUAUCUUUUUCAGAUUAUAGUAGUCUUCCCUAAUCCACUGUAAUUGACCAUCAGCUACAGCAGGAGUGUGC